UACUGUACUGCUGACUGUGACAGUGCGGGAGAAAUGUCACUUCGCCCAGCUGUUCGUCUACUCGGGGCUCCCUUCAGGAGUGUCUUACAGCCCUGCUCUGCUGGUGCAAACAGAGGGUACUCGGCCGUGGCUCAGGCGCUGUCGGUGCUGGGGAACGAGCUGGACUCUAUCCGGGCCGCGGGCACGUGGAAGGGGGAGCGGGUCAUCACGUCCAGCCAGGGGCCUCACAUCUGCGUGGACGGCAGCAGAGGCGACAUAUUGAAUUUCUGUGCAAAUAACUACCUGGGUUUAUCCAAUCAUCCGGAGGUGGUGAAGGCAGGAAUAGAUGCUCUGCAGAAGUACGGCGCUGGCCUUAGCUCAGUUCGCUUCAUCUGUGGCACACAGAGCAUCCACAAGAACCUGGAAGAGAAACUAGCCCAGUUUCAUGAAAGAGAAGACUGUAUUCUGUAUGCGAGCUGCUUCGAUGCCAAUGCUGGUCUGUUUGAGGUCCUGUUGGGUCCCGAUGAUGCCGUGUUGUCUGAUGAACUAAACCACGCCUCUAUUAUCGAUGGCAUUCGAUUGUGUCGUGCCAAGAGGUUCCGCUACAAACACAUGGACCUGAAUGACCUGGAAGAAAAGCUGAAAGAAUCACAGUCCUCUCGUCUGAGGUUGGUGGUCACAGACGGUGUGUUCUCCAUGGAUGGUGAUGUGGCUCCUCUGCAGGGUAUCUGUGAUCUAGCUGAGCAGUACGGUGCCCUGGUCUUCAUUGAUGAAUGUCAUGCCACAGGAUUCAUGGGUGCCCGUGGCCGAGGAACCGAUGAGCUGCUGGGAGUGAUGGACAGGGUGCACAUUGUGAAUUCCACUCUGGGAAAAGCACUGGGAGGAGCUGCUGGUGGUUACACUGUCGGACCCAAGGCUUUGAUUGAGCUUCUCAGACAGCGGUCUCGUCCGUACCUCUUCUCAAACUCCCUCCCUCCUCCUGUGGUGGGCUGUGCCACCCGUGCCGUGGAACUGCUGCUGGAAUCCAGUGUUAUCGCUCAAUCCAUGGCAGCUAAAACCAUGAGGUUCAGAAACAACAUGACACAGGCAGGGUUCACCAUUUCUGGCACAGCUCAUCCCAUCUGUCCUGUGAUGCUAGGAGAUGCCCGUCUGGCUUCACUUAUGGCUGAUGAUAUGCUAAAACUAGGAGUGUAUGUGAUCGGUUUCUCCUACCCAGUCGUUCCCAAAGGAAAAGCCCGGAUUCGAGUCCAGAUCUCUGCAGCUCACACUGAUGAGGACAUUGAUCGGACUGUAGAUGCCUUCAUACAGACCGGCAGGAAGCAUGGCGUCAUUUCCUAAUGCCAGAAACACAGCUGACAAAGAUGUGGACUGUUAGAGUGAGGUUUAAGUUAUAUAUCUUCUGAGAUCAGUGAAGGUCAAAGAAUAUUUGGAGACUUUUUUGGAAUCAACAGAAUAAAUGACUUCCUUUAAAAUUAAUAGUUGCUUCUUUUAGGGCAGUCUUCUACACCAGCUAUGUACCAAAUGUUUCUAUGUACCAGUUGAGAUUUUGUGUCUCAUCACCAUUAUUUGCAAGUUUAUACUGAUCAUGCUGAUGCUGCUGCAACUGUUCACAGAUGGGUAAAAAUAAAAAAGUUAAGCCAUUUAA